AUGUUAAAAUCGUCGGAAUCCUCAUUUACAAUUCACGAACGAAAAGACGAUCUCUUUGAAGAUAGUAACCCCAAUGACGCACUGGCUAUUUGCGUCUCACAAGAUUUUCGUAUGUCACGAGGACUUCCAUAUGUUUUUAAAGAUCGAUUUAAUGGAAUUGAUGAAUUAAAAAGUCAAGAUAAAAGAGUUGGACAAGUGGCUUACCUUUUACAUAAAGAAACUGAUUAUCGUGAUAGAAUUAUUAAAUCAAGAUAUAUUUUUUAUUUAAUCUUUAAAGAAAAAUCAAUUGAUCAACCAAUGAAAGUUGAUUUUGAAAAUACUUUAAAAGAAUUAAGAAAGUUAAUUGAAGAAAUGAAAAUUGAAGGAAUUAGUAUGCCAAAAAUUGCUACGGGAUUUGAUGCUUUUAAUUUGGAAUACGUUAAACAAGCUAUUUGUAAAGUAUUUGAAGGAAGUAAUAUUAGAAUUACUAUGUAUACGUUGUGA